AUGAAGACAGUAAUACUAUUACAUCUUUUUUUCUAUUGCACGAUAGCAAUGGCAAAAACUAUAUCGGGAGUUUUCACGAGUUUCAACUCAUUGACCUAUACUAAUACUGGUAACUACCCAUAUGGGGGUCCUGGUUAUCCAACAUGGACUGCUGUUUUAGGUUGGAGCUUGGACGGAACACUAGCUAGUCCAGGUGAUACAUUUACAUUGGUCAUGCCCUGCGUUUUCAAAUUUAUUACCACACAAACUUCAGUAGACUUAACUGCUAAUGGUGUCAAGUAUGCAACAUGUACUUUCCAUGCAGGGGAAGACUUUACUACUUUUUCAAGUAUGAGUUGUGUAGUAAAUAAUGGGCUAUCUUCAAAUAUCAGAGCGUUUGGUACCGUCAGGCUACCAAUUUCAUUCAAUGUGGGCGGAACUGGUUCAUCUGUCAACAUUCAAGAUUCAAAGUGUUUCACUGCUGGAACGAACACUGUAACAUUUACAGACGGCGAUCACAAAAUUUCUACUACAGUCAAUUUCCCUAAGACUCCACAAUCAUCUAGUAGCUUGGUUUAUUUCGCAAGGGUUAUUCCAAGUCUUGAUAAAUUAUCUAGUCUUGUUGUUGCUUCUCAGUGUACUGCUGGAUAUGCAUCCGGUGUGCUCGGAUUUUCAGCAACAAAAGAUGAUGUGACAAUUGAUUGUUCUACUAUACAUGUGGGAAUAACAAAUGGUUUGAAUAGUUGGAAUAUGCCAGUAUCAUCAGAAUCAUUUUCUUACACCAAAACUUGUACACCAAACAGUUUUAUUAUUACUUAUGAAAAUGUUCCUGCAGGUUAUCGUCCAUUUAUUGAUUCUUACGUGAAAAAAUCAGCAACAGCAACGAAUGGAUUUAAUUUGAAUUACACGAAUAUAUACAAUUGUAUGGAUGGCAAAAAGGGAAAUGAUCCUCUUAUAUACUUUUGGACAUCAUACACAAAUAGUGAUGCAGGAUCCAAUGGAGCUGCCGUAGUUGUUACUACGAGAACAGUCACUGAUUCUACAACAGCAAUUACCACAUUACCGUUUGAUCCCACAGUUGAUAAAACCAAAACCAUUGAAGUAAUAGAACCCAUCCCUACUACCACUAUUACUACUUCAUAUGUUGGGAUUUCUACUUCACUUUCUACGAAGACUGCAACUAUUGGAGGAACAGCAACUGUUGUUGUUGAUGUUCCCUAUCAUACAACUACCACUAUCACUAGUAUAUGGACUGGAUCAGCUACCACAUCAAGUACUUAUACAAAUCCCACUGACUCGAUUGAUACAGUUGUUGUACAAGUUCCACUGCCAAAUCCAACAGUUACAACUACUCAGUUUUGGUCAGGAAGUGUGCCCACAACCGAAACUGUGACCACUGGACCACAAGGAACGGAUAGUGUGAUCAUCAAGGAACCACACAACCCUACUGUGACUACCACCRAGUUUUGGUCAGAAUCAUUUGCUACUACUGAGACAGUCACCAACGGUCCAGAAGGCACUGACUCAGUCAUUGUUAGAGAACCACACAAUCCAACUGUGACAACAACCGAGUUUUGGUCAGAAUCAUUUGCUACUACUGAGACAGUCACCAACGGUCCAGAAGGCACUGACUCAGUCAUUGUUAGAGAACCACACAAUCCAACUGUGACAACAACCGAGUUUUGGUCAGAAUCAUUUGCCACUACUGAAACGAUAACUACAGGGCCACUUGGCACUGAUAGUAUCGUUAUACAUGAUCCAUUGGAAGAACUGUCUUCUAGUACUGCUAUUGAGUCAAGUGAUUCUAAUAUUUCAAGCUCAGCUCAAGAWUCAUCCAGUCUGGUUGAACAGUCAUUKACUUCUGCUGACGAGACUUCAAGUAUAGUUGAAUUGUCAUCAAGCUCAGACAUUCCAUCAAGCUCAAUUGGGUUAACAUCUAGUGAGUCGUCUACUGUCUCAAGUUAUGAUAGCUACUCUUCAAGUACUAGCGAAUCAUCUAUUGCUUCAAGUUAUGAUAGCUAUUGGUCAAGUAGUAUUGAGUCGUCUACAUUAUCUAGUUCCGAUAGAUACUCGUCAAGUAUCUCUGAUACCACAAGCUUUUGGGAUUCUUCAAGUUCCGAUUUAGAGUCCACUCUGAUUACUUGGAGUUCCUCCAUCGAUGCACAAUCUAGUCAUUUGGUACAAUCGGUAUCAAACUCCAUCAGCACAAGUCAAGAGWUAUCAUCAAGCUCAAGUGAGGAGUCCAGUACGUCUGCCACCGAUGCUUUAGUUUCAAGUGAUGCAAGUUCUAUUUUGAGCUCUGAUACUUCCAGUUAUUACCCAUCUAGCACCAUUCUGCCGAGUGACGAUUUUCCACACACUAUAGCUGGGGAGUCAGAUAGCCAAUCAAUCUCAUUUAUAACAUCUACUGUUGAGAUUUCUAGUGAUUCGGUGUCUCUUACAAGUGACCCAGCAAGCAGUUUUGAUUCAUCUUCUAGUUUGAAUUCUGAUUCAUCAUCUCUGCCAUCCAGUGACCAAAGUGAUAUUUUGACUUCAUCUAGUUUUUCUACAUUAGUUGYCCCAUCUUUUUCAUUGAGUUCAAGCAGUUCAUUAUCUUUGAYAUAUCCACAUUAUGUCAACUCAACAACAUAUCAUGCAUCGGAAUCCGAAAGCUCAUCUGUCGCUUCACCAUCAAUGGCAAGUGAGUCAGCUAAUGAUGACACACAUACUUUGCUGGAAUCUACUGACACUACAUCCAGUAUUGGCACAGAUUCUUCUACUGUGACAUUUUGUCGUCGUGAUAACGGAGAUGGCUGUAUUGUAACAGGGAURCCAUCGUCUAGUAUAGACAGUGAACAGACUAGUGAUGUGACGACAACUUCUAGCUUUGUUGCUUCCAGCACMCCAACCUCAGCAGAACAGUCUAUUACUGACAAUCCAAAUAUCGACUCACUGCAAACAAGUGCUAGUUCUUCAACUAAAUYAUCAGUUUYUGUGUCAGAUACAGUAGUAAAUUCAAUUUYAUUAUCUGAAACGUCAACCUUAUCAUCUGAUGACAGUACUUCUUCGGAUACCAGCAUUAGCUCAACAACAAACUCAGAUACUGGYAAUAUUAAUGCUGGGUCGCUGCACACAAGUACUGCUUCCAUCAAAGAACUGUCAAUUCAGAAAACGGGAGUAAYGUUAAGUUCCAGUUAUUUGUCGACAAAAUUGAGUUCUACRUCAGAUAUUACUAYUGAACUUAUUACUACUGAACUUAYUACUACUGAACUUACUACUAUCGAAGAUAACGAACCAAACACUUUUACUUCAACWCCGUCAAGUCAUUCUGAAAUAUUUUCUAGUGAUAAUAGUGUUUUAUCAAAACAAGUUGAUGGAGAAAGUACUGUUGAAAUCCCUCCUGUGACUGACACCACCACAGUAUCAUCUGUAUCAGUACAUUCAAUAGAAGCUUCUACGGCAACACUUGGAGAAAAUUCAUUCAGCAAAGUUGCCAGCGCUCCAGUGAAUACUGAAACAUCUUUAAGAUCAACAAGUUCAUCAUCAAAUCAUGCUACCGAAUCAAGUGGAACRGUUAAAAGUGAAGCAAGUGCAGAAGCAAUUCCUUCUCCACCUACUUCAACUGACAACAGACUAAGCUAUUCAACUGAAGAAGCCAAAGGUAKUACAUAYGCUAAUUCAGGUUCUACAAAUAACCUCAURACCGAAUCUCAAGUGGCUGCUCCAACAGAUUCUACUUCAGUGUUGACUGCAAACCCAGUGGUAACUUCGACGUUUGAUGAUAAGUCGUCGGCAGCUGUGAAUCAACCAAGCAAAACUAAGUCGAUUGAAGAAUCUAUUGGAAGUCUUGAUUCAGUCAAUGAAACCAAUAAUGGAUUUAUCGCUACUUUAUCACAAUCGGAAGCUCCAAAUUCCUUGAUUCAUUCAGAGUCAAUACUGACUACGAUGGCUAAAACAACUGAUGCUUCGAUAAAUGGAGACAGUGCUGCUUCAAACUCACAGCCAACCACAUUAAUUCAACAAGUAGCAACUUCCUCCUACAAUCAACCCCUUAUUACUACUUAUGCCGGAUCUUCAUCCGCCACUAAACAUCCUUCCUGGUUGCUUAAAUUUAUUAGCGUUGCAUUAUUCUUCUUCUUAUGA